CCUUAAUCUCGAAUAAAAGCGAACAGAUGAAAAUUCUUCGAUGGACAUAUCAACACGAUCGACGUUAUUAAACGGAAUACACAUACUCCGGAAUACUACUCUAUUCAUACAGUUUCCCCUUGCAUUCUCCGUUUUUAUCUCCUAUUCGCUUCGGUCAGUUCUACGCUGGUCCUUCGACCUCACACUAUCCCAUCUUCCUUUCCUCUCCUUUCAUCGUCUCUUUCUUCUCCUUCCCCUCACUUUCCACUCUUUUCCACUCUUCGUGUACACAUGUGCGCACGUGUGAAUUGUGUGUGUAUGUAUAUAUACAUAUAUGUAUAUGUAUAUACAUAUAUAUAUAUAUAUAUACACAUAUUUAUGUAUAUCCCAUGUAUUCCGACAUCCGCCUGUCCCCCGCUGGUGUCGGCAAACCGUACCGGCUAACAACAUCUCGACUCUCCAGGUUCACCCUUUCUCCAUCUUUUCGUUCGAAAAGAACGAAGAGCAUGUUCCCCCUCUCUGAACGCUUCUCUUUCUCAGUCCGAUGCACUCGUCUGAACGAAGGAUUCGGGCAAGCAGUUUGCGCUCAUCCAAGGUAGGAGACAGUAGAAACGACAGGUGGUACGGAAAGACGAACGAGGCAGAAGGGCAGCGCGCGCACUCGCAAACGUACUUUUCAAAAGACCACUGAUACUCGCACACGCACACGCAUACACACGCACACUCGUAUACGCACGCGUACACGCACACAAAAACGAACACGCGCGCACAUAUAGGUGCAUACAUUUUUUUCUCAUUUAUUAUAUGUAUAUGUAUAUGUAAAGAUCGAUACACAUAUACCCCUAUAAAAAGGAACGGAGGAAAACAGGCCGAAGAAGAAGAGAAAAGGAACAAAUUGAUCAGCUGUAAAAUAUCGUCGUAAAUGUAGUAAUCGAUUCAGUUAUCUAUUUAUUCGGGGUGAAUCGUAUCGACGACGACCAUUGGUAUCGUUUGGUUCGUGAAAGAUCGCUCUACCGGCACCAUAUUUCUCGCAGCUAUUUUUACUUUUGUUCGAACAUAUUGGUUGUCCUUGUCAACGAUAAACGGACGAUUAAUUAAACGGACACAAACACAACUAGAAGAAUAUAAAAUAACUAAACAAGUGGCAGUGCGCGUAAAAGCGCAACCGAGAACAUUUCCUUGAGGAGAUUGCACAUGUUCCUCUUCUGUUGGCGAUACAUUCGAGAUUGCCGAGAUUAUCUAAAGGAAUUUAUCUAAAGCAAGCAUGACUUUAGGCUGGUUUUACGUGACACUGACGGCGUUCGCGGCGUGGACGUGUUAUUUAGAUUCGUGCAUAGGCGGACCGCUUCCAGAGAACAUCAUGAUUCUACCGUCUAGGAAAUUUCUGAAAUCUGGCGCGGUUGCGACAACGUCGGGUCUCGCGAAAGAAAACAGGCCGAAAAACGACGUCGACGACAAGGCGGGGAACAACGACAGAUCGUCGGUGGCGGGCGAUAUUAAUCUGUAUCGUUUGCCGCCCUCCCCUGCGAAUUUGCUGAAGCCCGAUGGAUUUCAAUUCUACACUUACAACGAAAGGGGCGACAUGAUCACGAAGCAAAUGACUCCGGAUGAAAUUCAAGCUUUGAUCGCGAGCGGGGGACCGGAUCACUCGAACAUGGGAGUUCAGGAACCUCAGAAAGCCGAGGACAUACUUACCGGCGGGAAAAAGGUGAUGGAUGUCGUGGAGAAAGUACAAAACGUGCUCAAGAGCGCUAUGAACAAGCCGCCGAUGUUAACGGGAACGAUCUCGAAUUCGGUGCCGGAAAAAGCGAACGUCGAAUGGAGCAAUAUUCUACCCGUUAUUUUGGCCGGCGACAAACACGGAGACAUCGUCGACGACACGCGUUACAUCGAAAGAUUUACAACGCCGACGACAACAACAACCGUUCGUACCUCGACCGUCCGAAACGAUUACGCCUCGAACGGAACAACUUUCGAGUUGAACUCAACGGUGUUUGCGACCACGACUGGAGCUCCCGGCAACGGUACCAGGCCGAAGGAAACGCACGGGCAAACGGUUUCUCACGAAUUCGGAGGGAACAGGACACGAGAGACGGUUUCAAGCAUUAUUUCGAACGCUAUGACAACCAUCGCCAACACGCCUGCGGAAAAAUUCAUGAUUCCCGUGGCCGUUAUAACGGCCCAACAGAGACCACACGUAUGGCGUAGCACAACGCAAAGUCCGAUCUUUCAGAAAAUUACUGAAAUCCUACCCGCGGCCGGCAACGACGCACUCGACGAAAAUUUCAACGACAAUAGCAAUCGUUCGCCGAUGGUUCCUCUCGGAUCGACGAAAAUCAGGGAUCAGGCUACCGAAUCGUUGGCGAGCGCGAUCCUAGACUCGACAACGACGGCUGCCGACACGUCGGAAACGUCGGUGGCGUCGACGGCGUCGACGGCGUUGGAAGCGUCAAAAACUUCGGAGACGGAAGAAAACUCCAACGACGACGUCGCGACAGAAAAGACUUCGCCGAUAAACUCGAGCAAAAUCGACGCAUCGACGACGAACGCAUCGUCCGCAACGACGCCCCUUUACUCGCCGAUCGAGAUCGUUGCCACGGCUGUGGAUAAAGCUGGCGCAGUUUCAUUGCCGGUGCUGGAAGAAGAAAUAAAACCGAGCGUCUUGGAAACCAUGGCAUCUUCCACAUCUUUGCCCAUGGAGUUAAUGAACUCAUUGUCCAGUAUGAUCGGUCAAGUUUCGAAAGUUCCCGCGUCUUCGGUUCUGCCUGCGUCGACCGAUUUCGAAAGGCAGCAGUCGCUUCACGAUCGAGUCGAGGAAAAGGAACGAAAGAAUAAUUCGAACCUAUGGAAAACCGCGACGACACCGUUAACCGAUCUAACGAUUAAAUUAUCAACGUCCGACGAACGUGGAGAAGAAUCGCUCGGUGAAACAUCUGGCACAACUUCCACGAAGCUUCCGCAGGUCAACCAAGAUCGAGUCACUUGGACCAUCUCGCCCGUUAUUUUGUUCGCAACCCUCGCAUCGGCGAAUCGAAUUCGUCCCGACGGAGUCGACGAUCUCUCUCGUGUUCCGACAACGACCUUCGAUCGACACGACACGCCGAAUUCCACUUUGUUGGCGAUCGACGCAACGCGAACAGCGAGUACGAAGGAAAUGCUCCGUACGACAACCGAUUCGAUGCCUGUUGCCGGUACAUCGGUUACGUUCCAAACAAUGGUAAAGCCAUUCGACUCGAUGAACACGAAUUUCUCGGGUUUCGAUUCUCCGUCGAAAAUAUCGGACGUCGAGCAGCAGUCGAACAUCGAAUCGAUAGCGAUCAUCGAAGACAUGCUCAGAACGGUGUCCGCCGAAGCGAAUAUUCCUUCCUAUUCCACGGAAUCGUUCGUCUUACCGAAUGUUCCGGCGAAAACGAUAGCCAGCGGCCUCGUCGCAGGUUUCGAAUCGAUCGCAGGCCCCGAUACGAACGUUACACCGAUCUCCGGUGCGAACACGGGAAACGUUGCUUUCAAGCUAGAGUCGCAAACUCUGGCUUCUACGGCGGGAACAUCGUCGAAGGAUAAUAAUGUGCUUUGCGAAUCGAAUCGAAUCAACAACGAAACUCGAAAUAGUUCCGCGACGAACGAAACAGUUUAUAUCGAGCCGAAAAGACCAUCGAAUCCGAUCGAAGAACCAGGAACGCUCGCGACGACCGACCGUACGUUAUCCACUACUCGAACGAACUUCGAAUAUGCGCAAGUAGAAAACGAGGAAUCGAUCGUGUCGAAUAAUACCAAUGAGAUUUCCAUUCCGACGAUUCCGAAGAUUUCAACGACGCCAACGGUCACAACGGUUCCAACGGUUCCAACGGUUCCAACGGUCGAUUUGUCCGUAUCCGGCGUCGAUGCUUCGAUCGAUCCGGUCGUGGAUCACGGUCAAGCAUCCCCUUCAGAAGACACCAAUUACAUCAACUAUACGACCACGGUAUCCAGCGAAGUAUCUAGUAUUUCGUUCGAUUCGACGAACCCGGUUCAGCAACAAAGUGCGACGAACGUUGACGGGAAGACCGAGACAUCGAUAGUUGCCAAGCUCGAGGAAAUUCCACUAGAAAUUGUUAAAAAGGACGACGAUGAAACGUCGGUCGCGUAUUCCGGUGGCCUCGAUAGGACCCCGUCGUUGGAAUCCAUCGCUGUACAGAAUACGUCGACGAUAUUCGAUCGAUCAUCGGCGAACUUGCCGAAACCAAUACCAACGGACACGGGAGUAGAUACCGUCGAAUUUGGCGACGGUACUACCGUCACUGGUACUACCGUUUCCGAAACUAGAACCGACGCGUCGAUCUUCUCGAUCAACGAAACAACGAGCGAUACGAGCUCGAUCGUUACGCAGCCGAAUCAAAUAGCAAUAACCACGCAUUCGACCAAUGAAACGAAUCCGAUGGACGUUGAGAAUCCAUCGAGAAUCGAAUCGACGACGGAGCAAAGUAAUUUCUUAACAAAAAUUCCGAUUAAAUCGUACGUCACGUCGAGCAAGUUAUCGAUGUACGAAACGGUGGAGUUUGAACAUUUAAAUCUGAACGCGACAACAAAUACAACAAAUACGAUGAAUACGAUAAAUACAACAAAUACGAUAAAUACGACGAACGACGUUAAUUUCGACGAGAAAUGGCAUCGGAUCACUUUAUCCGAGAUAGUUCCGACGGUACCGACAAGAUAUCCUGUGCAGGAAUUUCUGCAGACAUCAGAAUCGGAAUCGGAAUCGGCGACGGCAGCGUUAACGAUGCGUGAAACAAACUCCUCGGAGGAUGAUAUUCGGUAUCCGACAACGCCGGCGAGCGAAACCGCGACGACCACCGUCACGCUAAAUCCUUCGAAGAGCACGAGCGGACUGGACACCAGUAUAAAAAACGCGAGCAACGACAUUGUCAACUUCUCAAGACUUUGCAACGAAUUGGCGUUCAAAUUUUGGAUAGCGGUGAACAAGGGACUAAGCACCGGCAGGUCGCUCGCCUUGUCGCCGUUCGGCAUGGUCAGCUUGCUAGCGAUGAUCUUCCUCGGCGCGCGAGGUUCGACGUCCGAUCAAAUGAACGAAAUUCUCGGUCUCGACAACGUGGCCACCUUUAAUCCACAUCUAAUUUUUCAAAAUGUCACGGACGCUGUAAGCUUGGCGAGAAAUCAGGGAAUCGCUAACGCGGCGUUCGUUCGCGAAUUGUUCGCGGACAAGGUGAAGAUUCGAAAAUUAUUGCCGUUCUACAAGGAGCAAGCGCAACAAUUCUACGAAGGAUUGGUAGCCGAGGUGAAUUUCGCUACCAUCAGCGAUCUCGCGCGUCGGCGAACCAAUCUGUUGAUCAGAAAACAAACCGGCGGCCGUAUCCGAGAUUUCGUGAAAAGUAACGCUGUCCCAUUGAGAUCCCCCCUCGCAGCGAUUUCCGCGAACGUGUUUCAAACGGAUUGCAACAUCAGCUCGGCCAGCACGACGGGUCGAGACGGGGAAUUAUAUUUCGCGAUCUCGUCGGCGCACAGGUUGAGAAAAUUGAUCCCGGUACCGGCAACCGUUUGGCGAUCGAACGUACUCGCCGGUUACGAGCCGAGCUUGGACGCCACUGCGAUCGGUCUCGGCGGUACCGGCAAAUUAGUUUCAACGAUCUUCCUAUUGCCCGGUCAACAGGGUCACGCCGCGCCCGGCGACACGUUGGAUCGGCUCGAGCAGAGGCUCGUCAAAGGAGCCUUCCGAGACAGCACGUGGAACAAACUUUUGAAAGUUCUGAUACCCAGGCACGGCCUUGAAUUACAAAUACCCAAGUUCAGUCAUCGGUCCGUCGUCAACGCUACCGCUGCUUUAAAACGAAUGGGCUUGGAUCAAUUGUUCUCGAACGACGCCGAUUUCAAAGGGAUCAACGGGAUAGGAAAUCAUCUAUUUUUAUCCGACGUCCUACAGAUGAACUUAUUUAGUACAUGCGGCGAUGAGAACAUCGGCAACGGUCGACAUCACGUGGAAGUUUAUCCUGCGAGUCCUUUAUCGAGGCAAUCUCCGAGUUACAACGACGAACACCGAACUUUGGAGUCCGGGGGACUGCUACACUCGGAUUCGGAAUCAGAAUCAGAUUCGAAUUCGGAUUCAGAGUCGGAGUCAGAUUCAAAUUCAGCGGCGCCAGCAUUCGACUGUUGCGUAAAUAAUCAUCCGAGGACCGUUUCCGGGAACGGAAUCGCAAAAGCCUCCGAGAAACAAGCCGUAGACAGACCGAGAUUGAAAUUGGAUCAACCGUUCCUCUAUUUCGUACGACACAAUCCGACCGGCCUCAUUCUUCAUAUGGGACGUUUCAACCCGAGAUUACUUUAAUUCACCGACAUAACAAGUAUUUUCGUUCCCCCAUCGCUACUAUUAUUAUUUAAUCUAUUCAAUCUCGUGUCUUAUUUACGUGUUAUCGCCGAAAAUUCUCCCACUCAUUUUCCAUCCAUCGUAAACGUUACACGUAUUCGCGUCGCGUUUCGUUUUAUUUGCAACCGCAGCCUCCGAAUGGUCGAAUUCCAUAACGGGACGAUGCUCGGUCACUCUCGUCGAAUACACGUUACAGUUGCGUUACGUGGACGGGAUUACGUGUAAACGCGAGAGUACGCUUCUGCGAUAUUAGGACAAGCUCUAGUAUCAGUAGGAUCGUUCGAAGGAAACUACAGGGUU